CAGCUGUUCCGAGCGAGCGCAGCGCCGCAACAAAAGGACCCGGACGCCGGCGGCGGCCUGGGGCAGCUGGAGGCUGGAGCCGCCCCGCGCCGCCGUCCCGGGACCUGCGAGCAGCGCCCGCCGCGGCUCGGCCUAUGUGUGAAAAGCGACUGGGAAGCUGUUAAUUUUAAGUCCACAAGCCAAUAUAAUAUAAACUGGCAGCAUAAUUUUCAAGGGCCCCUACUUGGAACCAGGACCUGCUAAUUUCAGUGACUAAGGCCUUGCAGGAUCUGGUUCCUACUCAGCCUGUGGCUUGCUCCUGAGACCGUCUCUCUAGUUCCGGAGCCAUACAGAAGGCACCACAUUCUCGUCUGCAGGAUUUGUAGUGUUCCUGCCCACCCUCCAUUCCUGAUCACAGCCACGGAAGGUUAAAGCCACUUACUGCAGCGGCAUAGCCAGCAAGGGCUAAUGACUCUUCUUGAUUUUCACUUAAGUUGAAUUAAGCACCCUGCGCACUUUAAUUUCCUGUCUGUGCCAUCUGGCCAAGUAAAGGCAGAGUUUUGAAAUCUCAGCUAUAAAGACAUCAGCCAAAGUCUUGUUCUUGCCUUAACAAUGUUCCAGAGGCUGAAUAAAAUGUUUGUGGGUGAAGUCAAUAUUCCUUCUAACCAAGAACCAGAAUUUAGUGAGAAAGAAGAUGAUGAAUGGAUUCUUGUUGACUUUAUAGAUACUUGCACUGGUUUCUCAGCAGAGGAGGAAGAAGACGACAAUGACAUCAGUCAGGAGUCGCCUACCGAGCACCCUUCAGUCUUUUCCUGUUUGCCUGCAACUUUGGAGUGCUUGGCUGACAGCAGUGAUUCCUGCUUCCUGCAGUUCGAGUCGUGCCCGAUGGAGGAGAGCUGGUUUAUCACCCCUCCCCCGUGUUUCACUGCAGGUGGAUUAACCACUAUCAAGGUGGAAACCAGCCCUCUGGAAAACCUGCUCAUUGAACAUCCUAGCAUGUCUGUCUAUGCUGUGCACAACCCCUGCCCUGGCCUCAGUGAAGCCAGCUGUGGGACUGAUGAGUUCCAUAACCCAAGCAGUCCCAGAGUGGAAGCCCAAAGCGAAAUGGGGCAACACAUUCACUGCUAUGUUGCAGCUCUUGCUGCUCAUACAACUUUUCUGGAACAGCCCAAGAGCUUUCGUCCUCCCCAGUGGAUAAAAGAACACAGUGAAAGACAGUCACUGAGCAGAAACAGCCUUCGUCGCCAAAAUCUUAGCAGGGAUGGCCACUCUCGGCAAGUGAGGCACGGUGGCUGGGUCGUCCACCAGCCUUGCCCUCGUCAGUACAAUUACUAGGAACUUGCAAGUUUUGCUGGUUGGUUUUUCUUGGUUUGUGCAUAUGUGUUUGGACAUACAAUGAACAUGCUGUCUCUUUACAGCCAGUUGUGACCAAUCACAUAGUUUAUCAGUGUGUUUAGACACUAUCUUAAAACCUAGAUUUCUAUGCUGUAUACCACCUGAUGCCUUGCUCCUAACAUUUACUUUUUUGUAAGUUUUUCAGAAUAUUUUAAAAAACAUAUCAAUAUAAUUACAGUGUUUGGUGUUUGGGGGUGUCUGUAUUAAAAUGUAGAUGAAUUAGCAUUUUAAAGACAUUUCUUCCCCCUGAGUAUGGGAACAGGCAUCUUUCAGUUUCAUUUUGUUUUGUAUUACUUAAUUGAUCUUUUGAGCAAGCAAAAUUUAUUCUCAGGGUCACCCAUAUACUUUAUUGACCAGUACUUGAUAAUCUUUUCUGUAUAUAAUGAAUACAUUUUUACACACUAACAUGAGCAUUAAUAGAUGAUAUUUGCCAUGGAUAUAAUGGAAUGGCUGGACUUCCUUUUGAAAGAAAACUUGAUAUAUUUCUGUGUGUGAAAUUUUUUUUUUCAGAUGAGUCAUUCAGUUCACUAUGGAAUUCAGGUACAUAAAGCUUUAGUGAACAGUGCAUUCAGUAAUUCCAAUGUGACUGUGUGAUGUGGUACAAAUAUUGUAGGUGUCACAGACAAAAGCACUCGUCUUACAUACACAGGGAAGAAAUGAGACCUGUGAAAUUCUAUUUGGAAAAAUUCAUGUCUAUAAGUGACCCUUAGUCCAGUAUUUAUUCUUUCCUGUCAGCUUUGUCCACUGCCCCUCGCCAUCAGCUGUAAGUUGAAAACUGCUUGAGCAGGCAGGCACUUGAGUGACUUCAUAUAUCUGCCACAGGAAGAGAGACUGCAGAAUCCCCUACGUAAGCCUGUGCUAUCAAGGGGCAAGGGAGGGCGAAGAGGGAUCUCUCAAGGUGCCUUUUUGUAGGCCUGAGCGAAGAGCGAAGAGUGACACGUUGGCUUCCUUGAGUCCUCAUCUUUUAACUUCAGGCAGAAUCUUUAACCACUUGGGCCUGUGUCCUGCACAGCAGGGCAGUUGUGACAGUGCCUCCUUCACAGUAGCUGUGAGGACGCGUCCUGACUGGAAGUGGGCUUUCCAGACUGAACCUGGUGUAAACUUCCAAGCGCCUUUUUACUGAACCGAGCAAUGGAGGCCGUGGCUGUGUUUCUGCCACAACUGCUCUUCAGUGUUGGUGCUGAUGAGGCCAGAGUGCAGGGUUCAGCUCACACACAGGCCAGUUAACUCCACAUAGAAGAACCGAUUCCCUUAGCUCUAGUCGGUCACUUGUUUUCCUGCAUUUGUGAUGGGUUUUGUUGAGCCACCCACACACUCACCAGCUUCCUCAAGUUAGUGAACACAUACACGCAGUUCGGAGCACACUGUAGUGACGGAUCAGGAUCGUUGCCUUUAAAAUCCAGCAGCUUACUCUCGCAUCGCCUCUGCAGCCCUAGUUAAAUGAACGUGCAUCCAAGACGUGUUUUCAAGGCAAAAAGCAGCAUACAGUUACAUGAAGUAUUAUAUUUUUUCAGUAACUCGAUGCAGGGAGUCCUGGGACUGAGGAAGAGCUCUGUGCUUCUCUGACCAGGGCGUUCAGAGUUGGAUGGGUCGAGCAGUUGGUGGUUUAGAUUGUUCUUCCGCUGGCUGCAGUGACAAGCCAGAAGUCUCUGUACAAGAGUCUAGAUCUCCCUUUCCUUGUCCCCUUUUAUACUGACUUCCCUUUUAUUUAUUUAUUUUCUAAUUAGGGGCCAAGUCUGCAAAGUUUUGUAAAACUGAGUUAGAAGUUAUUUGUUGCUAUUUGUGUUUACGAGUUGGGUGAUGAGGUAGUUUUCAUGAAGGUGUGUAUGUUUUAUACCGUGUGUGUUUAGGGCCUCAUGGUCGUAACUUGAAAACAGACCAGCUAAAUGUCCUUGGAACCGAAGCCUCUGCAUACAUGGGGUGACUGUGUCUUACAUUGCAUGCAAACUGUUUGUACCUCACAAGCUACAGAAGUUCAGCCAUGGGAACUUAUUUGGCAGCAUGAAUAGAUUUGUAUAUAAAAGUGCAAUGGUCUUUUUAAAUUGCUUCCCCCUUCAAGAUUUCUUGAUCCCUUAUGUUCAUAUCUCUGCUACUGACUUUUUGUUCCCCUUAUCUGGGUCUACUUUUUUAUGCUUUACACCUAGCAAAAAAAAAUUUCUGCCACUAGAAUUUUUAUCAGGGCUAGGAUUACACCACCUAUGAUAACGCAAUGUGGUUUCUGUGUCGGUAUCUAAGGUCCUAAAAUUGGCAAAUGUAAGAAAAUGGUUACAUAAUUCAGUAGAAAUUCUUGAUCACUAGAUGUUUAUUAGGUAUCCAGUGUGUAAGACAUGAGGCCAAUAAUCACACAGAAUGAUGUUGACCUGUUAAGUAUUCUUUGAAACAUGGCCAAAAUGUAUUUUGAGUUGACUAUUUUUGCUGUUGUAACUGUUAGUGGUUUACAGUGUGUUUCAGUGCAUAUUACUUAAAAGCUCAGCAGUGAGAAAUAAGACCCCUCUGAAUUAGUAGUGCUGGCCAUUUUGAAACUGGUAACUUAGAAUGUUACUCCAAAAAGUCUGAAAUAUGUGGUGUGUACAAGCAGUGCUUUGUGAAUGAGUUUGAGUUUUUACAAAGCACCACAUUCCUUAAAGUUUGUGUUUUUGUUAAUAAAACAUUAUAUAAUGCAUAUCUGAUGUUUACUACUUUUUCUUCCUCAGCUGAUUGAAUUAUGCCCUGUACUGUAAGCUGAAGGUUAGCCAUCCGUUAAUUUAUCUUUCGUGGCAGUGGGUUUAUACGGGUUGGGUGGGUAGUUUUUUUGGUCAAAGAUGCAAAGUGAUUGGAUUUUUACUUCCCACUGCAGAGGGAGCGUUCUUUUAACAUUAAUUUCUUGUGUAUUUUUCCAAUUCCCACGUAAACUGUUCCUGUUUACGUUCUUUCCAUUUUAUGAGUUCUUGGAUUCCGCCGACAAGACAGUUUACUUAAAACUGAGAGGGGUGCUGAGCAUUGCCCUUUAUGGCCCUUUGCUUCUCAAACCUGCAUAUAACACUGGUUUAGUAAUCUUUGUUACAAGAUGAAUUUCUGUGCUAUUUCUCCUUCCCUCAAGGAAAUACACUGUCUUUAUAUAUUCUUAGAAAAGAAUAAGGGUAUUUUCCUUAUCUUCAUUUUCUGAGUUGGAAACAAAAAUAUGCAGGACUCCAACUAGAAGAUAGACAGUCACACUUAAAUGGGUUCGUGAGAAAAUUUUCCAUAUUUUUGUUUUAGAAUCAGUUAAGACUGCUCCCUGCACGGGAGAUACUAGCAUACAUUGGUAAUGUUACCUUGCAGUUAAUCUUUUUAUUUUAUGAGGCCCACCUAUACUCAUUAAACUCUUUAAAAGUUGGGCUCCCAUGAUGGAUGGUUUUCUGCCAUCAGCCAUGCUGAUGUAUUAUAAAUGGCAUCCUUUUCUACUUAUUUUAAUGCUUAAAAUUUUAUAUAAAAUGCUUUAUUUAGAAAAGCUACAUAAUAGUAAUGGUGUCGCCUUUGCCAUGUGUCAGUUCCACUUAAAAUGUGACACCAGUUAAAGUGGUUUAGAUGGAGAAAGAGGUGUACUGGAAAACAACCAGAAAAGGGUAUCUUUUCUCAUUGGCAAAUGGUAUCUUUUACGUGGGAGAAGUUACAGUUCAGGAGGAGGCAGCUUAUAUAGAUGUUUUGUGUAUCUUUGAGAAUUUUCAUUGUGACAUUGAAAUUUUGUAUAAUUAUUAAAUGCCCAGUUUUGUUCUGCAUUAACCUGAAGAUUUAGUAUUGUUUUCUAGAUGGACUUUAUACAAACCAAACCAAUACUUGGGGAGGUUCGAUGUAUGUGUUUCAGGAUUGGAGUGUGUGAGUGGUUUUGUUUGGUUUUUUGUUGUGUCUUCCCCUGAAGUUUUGAAUAUAAUUAAUAACUGUGUGUUUUUUUUUAUGUGGCUUUUUUUCAAGUAAAAUUGUGAACACAUUUGCUUUUCCAGGGCAGGGCAUGAGUUCCAGAGACUGAAGAGUAUUGUAGGUUGUACUAUGUGCCUUCUUGAUGUGUUUCGGGACACACGUUUUUUUCAUCAACUUGAAAAACUCAAAAGGGACAUUUGGUUAGAUUGUAUACUGUACAUCAAUCUAUGCAUAAAUGGCAGCUUGUUUCCUUGAGCCACUGUCUAAAUUUUUGUUUUUAUAGAAAUUUUUUAUAUUGAUUGGUUCAUAGAUGGUCAGUUUUAUAGAAUGAACAAUACAGCACUUUGCCAAAAACAAUUGUAGCAUUGCUUAAACAUUGUGUAUUGACACAGAUCUUUGUAAUUGGGUUCAGUGUGCAUUUUGCACUGCCUGAAGUUAUGGUUUUUACUGUCAGUAAAUAAAAUGUCCUUUAACGUC